GAGUCGCAGUCGCAGUCGUCGUGAGAAAAUCGUAGCGGGUGUUGUGCAUGGAAAAUUUAGUAUUUAAUGUGGAAAAUUAAGAAUACAAGGCUUUUAAAACAAAGCUUUUAAUUACAUUUAACAGUAUAGCAGUAGAUUUUUGCAAAUAUCCAACUAACUGAGAGUUUACAAAGCACAACAAAUAAAAUCUAACGUCAACGCAGAAAAACGCUGACAGCGACAGCGACGGUGACGGCGACGAAGGCGUCAGCAGCGUCGCGACGUCGACGUCGACAAAAUGUAUACAAUGGCGUUGCAACGGCAGCGGCUGUGAACCGAAAUUGUUGCUAGCAGAAGAGAGUUUAGAGUUGUCCGACCUAGUGAGGGAGGAAGUGGGAGGGAAGUGUAUUUAACACAAAUAGAUUAGGGCUCAUCAUUUGACAGAAUGAGCUAUGUGAGAGGCGGCCCGGCUGCCAGCCUGAAUUUGGAUCAUGCGUUGAGCGCACGGGAGCUGGAUCACUUGAGGAGCAAUCUGGAGGCGGGCAUCUUUAGGCAGCGCAUGCAAUCCGCUGAGAAUCUUUACCAGCGCAAUCUGACGGGUCACUUUGGCUGUGUGAAUGCACUGGAGUUUAGCCAUGGUGGCGAAUACUUGGCAUCGGGUGGCGACGACAAACGAGUGCUACUCUGGCAUGUGGACCAGACCCUCUCGAACGUUGGCCAGGAGAAGCCUAGUGCCAUGUAUGGAGAACAUGCCAGCAAUAUCUUUUGUCUGGGCUUUGACACCCAGAAUAAGUAUGUGUUCUCCGGUGGCAAUGAUGACCUGGUUAUACAGCACGAUUUGGCCACCGGCAAGAAUCUUAAUUACUUUUCACACGAGGGACCAGUGUAUGGAUUGAGUGUGGAUCGAACCAGCACCAACACCUUCAGUGUGGCCACGGAGCAUGGCGAGAUUCUCGUCUAUGAUCUACGUGUGGGCAAGACUGAUCCACUGGCCAUAGCCAAGUUUCGAACGCCAUUUAAUGCGGUUGAAUUCCAUCCACUCAAUGGCAUCUUUUUGGCCACGGCCAAUGCGAAACGCGGAGCCCAACUCUGGGAUCUGCGUCACCACACACAAUCACUUUGCCAAUACAAUUACAUAACCGAUUCUCCCAGCUGCAUGAGCGUUCGCUUCAACUGCAAUGGGAGCCUGUUGCUCACCUUGCACCGCCGCUUGCCGCCCAUCCUGUAUAGUCCCAGCUCAUCGGAGCCAGUCUGCUCCUUUUAUCACGAUGAAUACUUCAAUUCCUGCACCAUGAAGAGCUGCACCUUUGCGGGCCCACAAGAUGAGCUUGUCGUCUCCGGCUCUGAUAACUUUAAUAUGUUUAUUUGGCGACUGGACGGUGUUGAUUUGGAAAAGAAGAAUCAGUGGAUUGAUACCUCGCCUGUUAUUCUCACUGGUCAUCGUUCCAUUGUCAAUCAGGUGCGCUACAAUCGACAACGUUGUUUGCUCGCUUCCUCUGGAGUGGAAAAGAUUAUCAAGUUCUGGAGUCCCUUCGCCCAGCAUGGCUGGGAAGGCACGUUAACGGAGCCUUCGGAUACUCCCUAUUGCACACGCACCCUACAUCGCAACGCCUCGGAUCAUGUCUCUCAAGAUUUUAGUACACGCAAUAUGGAGGAGGAUCAGGUGAUGCUGGCCUUCUUCGAUACGCUGGUGCAGCGUGAGCUGGAGACGUGGAACAGCACCAGCAGCACGGGCAACGGCACUGUUCUCCAGACAGUCAGCAGCGACAGCAGCUCGGGAUCAUCCACAGAGCACAGCGAGAGCAGCACAGAGUCGGAGGAGCAAAGUGAAGUGGAUACACCCAAUGUCAGUGAACUCAGUUGGCUAACGCAUCCAAAUCGCAUCUUCUAUUUGAUUGCCAAAAAGCGUCGAGCGUUGCUGGAGCUGGCGGUAAAGGGAACUGGAGGUCAGCAUCGGAAUGUCGAGCAGCUGUUGGCCAGACUGAUGGGGGAACAACGACAGGUGGCCACCCAAGCGCGCAUUAGUGAAUGGUUGGAGGAGACGCAUCGUCUGUUUGGGGAUGACGAGCUACCCACCACAUCGGCGGAAGCAGCUGCCCGGGAGCGCAGCCGCCGGGAGUCCAUCUCGCAGCCUUCAAGCCGCAGUCCUCGCAAGCCUCCCGAGCUACGAAUGAUUGGCUCGCUGCAGGCCAGUUUCGAACAGCUGGAGAGGAAGCGAAAGUUGAUGCGAUUGCGUUUUGCGGCCAUUAAAAGAAGACGCACCAUCAGACGUCCACGCAGGGGAGGAGGAAGAGUACAGGAAAGUGACAGCGUCCUUGCCUAUGAUACGGAAUUGGCGGAGGACGACGAUAAUAACGAGCCAGUCGCCAAUGAAGCUAACGAGGCCAACAACGACAGCAACAGCAAUCCCGAUGAUGAUACGUCCAAUACAUCAAUGGAGGCACAAUUAUCACAGGCGCCAAGCACUUCGAAUUCCUUGCACUUUGUUCUUGACUCAACCGAGACGAACAACAACAAUAGCCAAAUGGCUGAGAACAAUAAUAACAAAAUCAACAAUGGCAUACCAACUGUGGCAUGCCUCUCAGAGACAACCACAUCCACGUCCUCCUCAAGUCAAGCAAAUAUUUAAAGCAAACCGGAUUGGAAAAACUUUGAGAGGUUUCUGUAGACUUCAUAUGAACAAUAUUCCUUCAAGAAAACUCUUUGAGUGUAUUUCUAUGUUGUUUAAUUAAACUAGAAUGUGGAUGCUUCCUGAUCUGAUCCAUUUGUCUGCUGAAAAUUAAGUUUUGCUUUGAUUUAUUGUUCAAUAAUCUCGCAUAAAUUAUACUUUCAAAAUUUGUAUUUUCUUUAUAUAUUUUGUUGAUCUCUGAAAAAUGUUGAAACCAGAUAGAACAUUAAAUCAUGACAACAUUCUGAGUAUAUAAUUCAUGUAUUCAUUAGAUAUAAACAAAUAGAAACACUUUGCCCAAAAAAGGAGGGAAAACCCAAACUUACAAAUGGAAUUUGGAUAUUAAAUGUGAUUGAAAAUAUAAUAUGUAUGUAUGUCUUUAAAUAUAAGUAUACGAAAGUGAAACUCAAGCACAUAUAGUAAACCUAAAAUCUAUAUCUAUCAAAAAGAAUUGUUCAAGAAACUGACUAAGCUAAGUAUGAACAUGAAACAUGCGAUUUGUAAGUGCAAAUGUUUCUAUACUCUAUAUAUUGUAACAACACUAUGUUAUUAAACCCUAUGUACUUACAGAUAAUACUAUACAUCUAAUAAUCUUCUCAUUCAACUGAGAAGAAGGAUAGAGAACAGUUAAUGGGUUGCAAGUAUUCGGUUAAUAUUUUAUUGAAUGCUAAAAUCUGUGAACUGUGUGUGUCUACAAUAAUUUAUGCAUAAUAUUAUUAAUAAUAAACUCGUAAAGAAAAAAA